GGCCUGUGGAGUUUUCUUCAAUCCUCUUCUCGCGAUCUCUCAUUGCACUUGAGCUUAUACUUAUUAUGCUUCUUAAUUACAAUUUCCAACUCUUCGUUCUGGGGUUCAUAGCAGCUGCGCAGGGCGCAGAGGUCAUUGCUAUUACUUUGACCGACAACAGGCCGUUCUCCACAAGGAUUGUCAUAGAGCCGGAUGUCGAAUAUCGUAGCUUAGAGCGAACAUCGACAUUGACAUCAGUUUUGGCAACGUCAACAUCAGGUCAAAUUUCAACGCCAGCAUUUGAAUCACUUCCACGAUACAUUCCCUCGCCCCUAUUACAAUCCUCAGCGCAGGCAUCCUCUCCCUCUAUGGUAAUGUCGACAGAGUCAGCCACACCCACGCUGACUGGACCAACCCUGUUCACACUCAGUCACUCCAUGUCCUCUUUUGUGUCGUCAUCUUCACCAUUAUCACAAACCUCAGAGACGUCAAUCCCAUUACCGUUUUCAAAAAAAUCCUCCAAAUCGAGUCUUAGCGCAGGGGCCAAAGCAGGUAUCGCGAUUGGAGCAAUCCUGGGAGCUGCGGCUUUAUCUCUUUCUGCUUUCUUUCUCGGCAUUCGUUUUCGAACGCAAAUAUUAGGUAAUAAUUCUGAGUUGGGUUUGCGCAUCUCAAAAGCAGAGCUUGACGGGAAACCAAUCUUCCAGAUGUGGCCAAGCGAGUUGGAUUCGAAAUCGGAGAUUGCGUUGGAGGACGCCCAUGAACUUCCGGGAGAUUUUGUGCCAGCGGAGAUGGACUAGGGGUCUACCGGACUUUAUGGUCGCAGUGUUUCGAAUCCUGAAUCCUGCGA